GUUCACUCUGAAUCGUCGAGGCGUGCGGUACUGAAAGCCGGACAAUAUAACACGAAAAAUAACAAUUUUAUAACCGGUUCGGAACGUAGCGACCCAAAACAGCGGCGCGCGUACCGCAAUAACAAUAACGACAACAAAAAUAAUAUCAACGACAACAAUAGCGAUUAGCAUUCAGCUAGAUAUUGAUAUUGGGGCAACAAUAACAACAAAAGCCAUUCAGGCGCGUGUGUGUAUCCGUAUCCGGAAACGUAUCCCGUGGCCGUACCCGUACCCGUGUACUGCAUACCGUAUACCGAAAGCCACCGCAGUCCCAGAAUAUUGUUUGCGAUCUAUGUGAUCUUAGUGAGUGUGUGUGCGUGUGUGUGUGUGCCUGUGUGUAUGCUUGUGCCGAAAUUCGCGUUAAUUGAGCUGUAAGUGCUGAUUUGUUAUACAAAUUUGCAUCGCUUGCAACGAGCCAAGUUGCAAGUUGGCUGGAAACGCUGCGGCCGCAUAAACAAAUCUGGCUGCGCGUCUUGGUUCACUGAUUUAAUGCCACAAACAGAUUGCAGAUUGUAGCUGUAACUACUGCCGCCACCGCCGCCGCCGCUACCGUCGCUGCCGUCCCAGCUGCCCCGCCUCGCUGCAACAUAGCAGGCGCGCCCUCCUAUCCUGCUUGCAACAGUGCAACCUGCUUGGAAGCUUGUUUCUGCGGAAGAGCAGCCGCCACAAUCGCAGUCAGAGUCAGAGCGAGCGCCAUACCGCGAGCCGAGCUGAGUGGAGCUUGGCCAAGAGACUCACAGAGUAAGAUCCGGCAAAAAAACAACAACAACAAAAAAAAAAAAAUAACGAAGAAAAAUCAGCCGACGAAGACGUCGUCCAAACAUUUUGCCAUUGAGCAAAAGAAUUUCUUUAAAACAACAACAACGCGCAAAGAUUUACAACGCAGACCAAGCAAAAAGUGUAAAGCAAGCAAACCAGCAAAAAAUUAGCGCAUACUGGAAGUGCAUCUAUAUAUAUGUGCAUGCAUAUAUGUAUACGUACAUAUAUAUAUACAUACAUAUAUAUAUGUGUGUGUCUGUGUACAGGUGUGUGUGUCUCUGCCAAGUGCUGGCAAAAAGUUGUUUAACUAACCAAAAGAAAAAGUUUGAAAAGUGUCAAGCUAAGCGGCGCGGCCAAUAACCUAACGACAACCAACGCCAACAACAAAAACAACGCUAACAUCAACAACAACAACAACAUUUUGUGCAAGGCAUGCAAUGGCGACCCCGUGUACGGGCCAGCCUGCGGUUUAAUUACCGUUAUCCUUGCAACAACAACAGCAGCUAAGCAAACUGCAACCAGGUCUUGGAUUACGUUUACGCCUCACACCGCACCGCAACCGGAGGAAAGGACGAAACGAGACGAAUCGACGCGUCGACAGGUGAACAUUCCAAUUGGCAUAAGGCAAGUGGCUAAUUGGCACCGCUUCACACAGCAACACAUUCAAAACUGGCCAUUUUGAGCUACGGCGAAGCUGGCGCAAAUCCGUUCAAAAUGUGCAAGAGACAGCUGCAAUAGACAGCGGUGAUAACAGGCAAUAGCGCAGUCAAAGGAUUGGCAGCAAACCAAGUAAAUCCCCGAAAACUCCUCUCGCCACCCUGCACCCAGCAUGCCAUCAAUUGCGAACAUCAGCGUCAGCUCCAGCUCUAGCUCCAGCGCCAGGACGACGACGGCGACAAUGGUCAGCUUCCUGCCAGGCAACGAUGCCCGCCUUAGUUACAUUGUAAAUCAAGUCGCAUCCGCAUCCGCAGCCGCUGUUUCGCCCGCCCUGCCCACAUUUAGUCCGCCGCGCAUUGAGAGCUUGGUGGCCAGUUCGGCGGAGGAUUUGAGCAGCUUUGGGGAUGUGACAUUUGACAUCUUCGAUGACGAUGACGAUUUGUUUGGCUCGCCAAUGGCCUUCGAUGCCAGCGAGCAGGGCCUGUGGAACGGACGCUUCGUGCCCCCACCACCCCGUCCGCCCUUCUUUGUGGAUGAGCCCGUGUUGAGCGAUGGCCUAACCACAUGUGAUUUAUGCUCCUGGGCCAUGCCCACCAAGAGCACAUUCAUGUUCGAGGGCACGAUAGAAAAGGCCACAGAAUUGGGCUGGCCUCUGACGUUGAUCAUUGUGUCCGUGCUGUCGGCGCUGCUCGGCGCCAUCAUCAUGAUUGCCGUGGUGCGUUGUCGGCGCAAAAAGUCGUCUAACAAUCGCAAUGACACACAUGUGCAGUGGUGGUCGCGCAACAAACGCGCCCACAGCAAUGGAGCGGGCACCGGCAGCGGUGGUGGCCCACCGAAUGCCGGCAGCAGCGCCCACAACAACAACAAUCAUCUGAGACGGAGUAAUAUUUAUACGGCGCACCCGGCGGAUAGCAUACGCGGUCUGCAACCGCUGCCGCUGCCACUGCCGUUGCCCAUGCCGCCCACGCUGGCGGCUGCAUCUGCGCCAAUGUUGUCCGUAUCGCCAUCGCUGGCAGGCAGCGCGCCGCCAAGCCAACAGCAGCUGCAGCAACAUCAGCAGGCACCACCACACUUCUUCCAUCCAUAUCAUCAUCAUCAUCACCAGCACCAGGCAGCCCCGCCGCCGCAUUUCCCGCAUGACUGCGACGAGGAUGCCGCAUAUGAGGAGCCCGAGUAUCAUCAGCCGCAGCAAUUGCACAGCAGCUCCAAUUCCAAUUCCAUGUCGUCGGUCACGUCAUCACCAGCGCCCACCGAGGCCACUGCCCAUUGGCCGCAGGCCGGCACCAUGGUGGUCGCCAGCUGAGAAACGGCCGAGAGCUGCGUCUGGGCGCGUCAGCGUCGGCGCAGCCUGAGCAGCGGCUGGAUCUGGCAGUGACAUGUUGCACGGCAACAUGCUGCUGCAACAUACCUAUAUGCGGCAGCUGUGGCAACACUGGCUGCUUAAAAUGCGGCGCACAAAUUCUGGUGCAGAUCAUAAAAAGGAUUACACGUAACAUUUUGUGAAGUAUAUUUUUUUUUGCUUGCUGUGAGCCGGCAAACCAGUCCAUAAGCGUCUAAGGAUUCACUUCAGUGUCUGACUGACAGCCACAGUGUGGAGCACGGGUGAGUGUGUAUGUGUAUGUGUCAGUCUAUGUGUUUGUGUGUUGUGCCAGUGUCUGUGUCUCCAAUUGGGAAAACCGAAACGAAUUUAGUGUCACUUCCACUUCCGUUGUGCAAACUAUCGAAGCAGCCAACAAGACCAAAAACCGACACCCAGACAAAGAUGGUUGGGGCAGAGAGGGCAUCAAUGGGUGCAGGGGGAGCGGUGCUGAUGGCGGGUUAUGUGGCAUCAUGCUCUUUACAUGCCUUGCACGUUUUAUCCUUUAUUGCCGUUCGGCAUUAGUACAGGGAUUUUGUCAGAUUAAAGCAAAUAAAGGGCGUGCUUUUUGUUUCCAGCUUUUUGCAACUGGCAAAUGGCAACUGCCGACUCUGUCGAUGAUGCCACAAGUUUAAAUCGUUUGCUAAAGUGUGUGAAUACAUGUGUGAACGUGUGUGUGUCCAUUUCAUAUCCUAUAUACAUAUAUAUGUCAGAGUAUGACAAAGGUUGCAUUGGCUAUGCAGCCUACUUGUCUGGUCUUGAAGAAGAACUAGGCCUUUAAGAGUACAAUAUAUGCCAGUUAAUUGCCAAUAUAACUACGUGUAUGUAUCUAUCUAUAUAAUAAUAUUUUUUUUUUACUUUACUGUGAUGAUGCCUUGUUUGGGCACAGGGUAUUUAUAAGUCGUUCAACGCAAUGGCAACGUUAUAACUUGUGUUUUUUUGUUGCUCUAAAUAGAUAUUUUCGUUUAGAGCUUUUGUCUCUGGGUGUCUAUGUGAGUGAGUUGAUGUGUGUGUGUGUCUGUACGUGUAUGUGUAUGUGUGUGUGUGUGUGUGUGUGUGUGUGUGUGUGUUAACUGGUAUCUGCUUGUAUGGCUCUGUGUUUGCUGGCAUGUUCUCGGCUGCAAAUGGCACAAAACUUUGUGGCUUUUCACUUCAUUCCUCUUGUUUUGUAAUUACAAAAGCAAAUAGUUUAGAUUGCCAUGGCAAAACGACGAAAGACAGAAAAAAGAACUUAAGCUCAAAACGAAAGCUUUGCAAAUAUUGGAAACAUUUUUGUGGGCCUUACUUUAGGCUUUGUCUUUAUAAAAGGCAAAUGUUUUGCCCCAAAAUUUCCCAGUUAAUAUAAUCGUUAAAGUACUCGUAAUAAACCCAGGAACAUUUAAACAUUUCAAGUUGCAUUCAAUAAAAGUUAAUAAAAAAUUCAUGUCAUGCAUAUCAAAUAAGCUUAAACCACAACAAAAACUACAAGAAAAGUACUUAAAACAACAAUCAAACAACUAUCGCCAUUGUACAUACGCUGUAAAUAAAUACGUACUUAUUUGCAAAUUUGCAAUUUUUGCUCCAAUUGGCAAUUAGUUCCAAAGCAAAGUGCAGCAAAAUGUUUCUUCAACUUAAGAAUAAAUAAUUUACGUAGGGCAUUGUUUAAGCACAACUUACAAACAGAACAUUCCUCUUCAAAGUUCAAGUAUUUGUUUUGUUUAUACAAUAUUAACGACAACAACAACAACAACAACAACAACAACAACAAUUUACAACAACAACCAAAGACUAGUCAUUUAAGUCAUAAUGUUGCUAUGUACAAACUAUUUAGUAGUUAAAGAAAACUAUAAAAAUUACAUCAAAUUUAAAGCUUACAGUUAGUAAUUCGAUUUAAUCUUAUGCUUACUACAAAUGCAAUUGUGCAUUUAUUAGUUUUAGAAGCGAAAAAAAGCACACACAGACACACAAAUGCAAUAUUGUAUUUUAAAUAUUUAUUCAUUAAAUGCACAUUUCACAACAUAACAAUAACAAUAAUAAUGAUAAUGUUAACUAGCAUUUAUAAUGAAUAACUCAAACAUCAAGUUUAAUAAAUAGCAAAGCGCAAAUUCAACUACUAAA